AUUCUAUAAAUAGAUAACAUUACCUUCACUAUAUAAAUCACCUAGACAAACACAACAUUCUUCACCAAAUCAUCUUCUUUAUUUAUAAUAUUUGUUCUAAUCAAUAUCACUACAUUCGUAUACGAUAUGGCAGCUCAAAGUUUGAAGAAAACAUGCAAUCUUUUGAUUGUUACAGCUUUAAUCACAAUGAUGUUUUCAGCACAAAUCUCACAUUCGAAUAAUGUAGAUAUGUGUAUCAAACAUUGUGUCUCAAACCAAUGUUUGAAAGAAGUUAAAAACGCUACUCCUACAAUGUGCGAGGAUGCUUGCAAAAAACUUUGCAAUGACCUACAAAAUGGUAAAGAAAAAUACAUUGUGCCUACUAAAAGCCGGUUUUGCAGAUGGUUUCCUAAUCUGUGUGGUGCUAUUAAUUAA